AAAGACUAAUACUAAUUUUAAAAAUACCACACCAACUAUUAAAUUAGUAGCAACUAACACUAUUAUAAGAAACAUCAUGUCUCUUAAAAUUGCAGGACGUUCAAUUCCUGUUAGUUUUGUUAAAUUCAAGGUCAAUACAAAACAUGUUAAAAGUGGCAUAAAUAAGCCUGCGAUAGUAUUUAUGGUUGAUGAAAAUGAUCCAAAUAUGAAAGAACAAGUUGUUCUAACUUAUCAAGCUCGUAUUCCUGCACCAUCAUUCUCAUUUCCUGAAAUACCUGCAGGUAAUUCAGAAUUGUUACUUGGUAUGCUAGAUGGAUCAGGUAAUUUCAGUGGGAAAUGUAGUGAUGAAAUUAAAGAAGAAGUAGGUAUAGAAAUCAAGGAGAAAGAUUUGAUUGAUCUUACAGAAUUAGCAUAUGGUGAUAAAUUUAGAGGAGCAUAUCCUUCACCUGGUGGAUCUGAUGAAUUUUUAAAAUUAUUUUUAUGUAUUAAAGAGAUGAAAAAAGAAGAUGUGGAAAAGUUGGAGGGUAAAUUAACGGGAUUGAAAGAUGAAGGAGAAAAUAUCACUGUAAGAUUAAUUAAAUUGAAUGAAUUGUGGAAAAUACCCGAUAUGAAGGCAUUGUCUGCCUUGGCUUUAUACAAUGCUUUGAAAAAUGAAGGAAAGGUUUAG